CAAAGAGCAACUACUAGCGAUGCCUCGACUUGGGCAAAUGACUUUUUUAGUUGCUGCAGCCCUGGAGGGUUAUGCAUUCUCACCACGUGUUGUCCCUGUAUAACGUAUGGCAAAACACAGCACCGAGUUAAAUAUGGCAGCCUGGAUGACUACUCAUGCUGCAAUUCAUCAUGUAUUGUCUUUGCCCUUGCAGCCCAUUUAGGCCUUCAGUGUAUUCCAGCUAUGAUGCAACGAAAGCUUAUGCGUAAGAAAUUCCAUCUUGAGGGAAGCUGGUUUGGAGACUUUUGUAGGUCAUGCGCAUGCACUUGCUGUGUGUUAAUGCAAAAUGAGAAGGAAUCAGAGCAGCAGGUAUCAGCAAGGGUAUCCGAGCAAUACCAGUCUCCUGGUCGUAUGGCAUACUCA